GUAGAGUUGUAGAAACCAAAGAACAUAGGAGGCUUUUUGGGGACAAUCGCACAUUGCAUUGCGUGUAGACAGUUGAGUAAUGUAUUGUACACGAACGGACCGAGCGACGUCGUUUAUUAUUACGGCCCGAUAUCAAUUGACCAUCUCGAUGAGCAAUUGUCGGUUUGUGGGGUUAUUCGGGCUCGUCUGGGAGGCAUCUUAGGUGGUGGAGCUGUGGUGGGGCUUUGUUAUGCAAGGGCCUUUUCACUAACGACGCCAAUGGAUUUCUCCGUCCACUAUUCGAAAACGGACUACGGAUACACCCGACCUGAUCAUCGCACGUGUUAAGCUGCUUGAGAACAUCGCAGCCUCACAACGACUGGUUCGCUGCAGAACGGAAAUAUCCACGGAGUAAUUGCACCACAUCCCUAAACAGCUCAAUUCCUCCUAGCCUUGGCGGAGCGGCAGCAAAACGACAAAAGCGACAUGCCGUGCCCAGGCACCUUGUCGGUGCUCUCUGCCGGGUCGGCAGCAACAUCAACCGCAACAGCCACCGCCACAUCCCGACUCGUCCUCCUCCUCCCCCUCCGCCGGCCCGGUGCCGUGUUUUCCGCCUCCCGAUCCACGAUCGCCUUUCCCUCUCGGGAAACCUCUCCCUUUGUCAACCGGGACAAGCCCACCGCCAUCGCCCGAUCCAUAACCACGUCCACCUCCACCACCACCCGCUUCCCCCGCCGACACCUCCCACAUACACAUCAGCACCACCACGUGGUAAGAAGGCAAUACCACUCCCACGACCACCCCCCUCCACCGGGGCCCUUCACCCCAGCCGAAUCAGCCCUGCUAGGCGCCGCCUACACACACGUAGCCGCGCAAGGGUUUUCACGCGAGGCGCUCGCCCUGGGCGCGCGCGAUGCCGGGCUGCUCGACAUCAGCCCUUCUUUGCUGCUGGGGGGUUCCGACGGCGGCGUGUUUGCGCUGAUCUGGUGGCACCUGUACACCCAACGGAACGCGCUGGCGGCCAAGGCUGCUGCUCUCUUUGCUAGUGAGAUUGACGGGAGUCCGGGAGGGAGUAAAGAUGCGACGGCAGCAACACCAAGUUUGGGAGGGAUAGGAGGAGGUAUAAGGACGGUUUCGGAGCGGGUUGAGAUGCUCGCCUGGGCACGGCUGCAAGGGAACGACGAAGCCGGUGUGGUUGGGCGGUUGCAGGAGGCCCUCGCGGUAAUGGCCCAGCCGUCAUACGUCCCGGCUUCGCUCAAGGAGCUCGCGCUUCUGGCCGACGAGAUCCUGUACCUGGCCGGCGACGUGUCGGUCGAUCCCUCGUGGUACACCAAGCGCGCCAGCCUGUCGGCCAUCUAUGCGGCUGCUGAGCUGUUCAUGACCACCGACCAGUCCCCCGGGUUCCGCGAGACACGCGCCUUCUUGCGCCGGCGACUGAACGAAGCAGCCGAGGUGGGCAGCGCGGUCCGCUCCGCGGGGGAGUGGCUUGGCUUCACGGCCAGCGCCGCCGUCAACGUGCUGCGAAGCAAGGGCGUGCGGAUAUGAAUGGAUCAGGUGGUUGGGCAACUUUCUGCUCACACAUGUGUAAUAUCGUACUGUACAAUGCACGCGAACCUUGUAUUAUACUUGAAGAGAAGCUUAGGACAAGCAAGCGAGGAACCUUGCUGCAUACAUACAGAUAUGCUAUAACAACGAAGAGGGACCGAGCGAGAUGCCACAACCUUUCCGCUAGAACCCAGCUUGCGCCGCACCAACACAUGGGAUCUAGAUGCUGCCCGAUCUGAACCUGAAGAAUUCCUCCAUUCCCAUACCCACCUGGGACAUGCGCCUUCCACCCAUCACUCCCGAGACGCCGAGACGCCGAGUGGCAGCCAACCUUGUGGCUUUCAGUAGAAGCAAUCAUCAAGAGCC